AUGGCUGUCUCAUCUGCCAUUGAUGCUGCAAUACAAUCUUUCUCAUCUCUUCCAGCCGCAAUUGCCGCGAUUUACAGCGCUGUCGGUGACCGCAAAAUUGCUAGGUCAGAUUUCGGGUUUGCAAUUGUUGAUUGGGCAAGCUAUAUGGUGUCUAUCGAGCCGUAUGUCCGUCGUGCACUCGAAUUUCCAGAUAUCGGACUACAAGCCCAAAGAGUGCUAGACCUUUGCGUUUGGCUUGGUCACUGGCUAUACUCGAUCGGAUUUCGACAAUCGCGAGCGACUGCUAAACUGCCCACUCUCCAAGGACUUCGCUUUCCAUACUUUUGGUUGGACAAAAAGUACCAGCGCUUCGAGGCCAAGCUACAAUUGAUAAAAGUCGAGGGAGAACAGCUCAAACAAAGCGUAUCCUCUUUAAUGGAGAGCCCACUGCGCCUAUCGCUUCACCAAAAGCUAGACCAAGAUACACCUCUUCUUCCAGAGGAACCCUCUCCAGUACCCAAUUUACGAACGAUCCAUGAGACUGCGAACAAACUGGACUCGGUUUCAACGCGUCUACUCACAAAAUGA